UUCUCGUGCUUUGUUGCGUGACUGGCGAUUUCGAAAGAAAAGAAAAGAAACGCCAGCGAAGACACAACCACCAUUUCAUAACCAAAAGAAUUCUGCCGGAGCGAAAGAGCGAGCGAGAGAGGGACUCUGCCUUUCGGUAGAGACAGGGGGAGCGAGAGAGACUGUUAUUGUGUUCCUUGCUUCUAUCUGGAUUUGCAUUUCGAAAUGGUGGAUCACUGUUUGCUCGGCUGGAUCCUGGCCUCGGUGCUCGGGCUCUUCACUUUGUAUUUUUUGGUGUUGAAGCGGACGGAUGACGAGAAGAGAGCGGUUUUGGAGGCGAGAAGAGAGGGCAUGGAGAGUCUCAACACGACAAACGGAGAAUGUAGAUCUAGUGACGGCGAAGACGUCGACGUCAUCAUUGUAGGAGCUGGCGUCGCCGGAGCCGCUCUUGCUCACACUCUCGGCAAGGAUGGACGUAGAGUACGUGUAAUUGAAAGAGACUUGACAGAGCCUGACCGCAUAGUUGGUGAAUUGCUACAACCAGGGGGCUACCUCAAAUUGAUUGAGUUGGGACUUGAAGAUUGUGUUGAAGAAAUUGAUGCUCAACGAGUGUUUGGCUAUGCCUUGUUUAAGGAUGGGAAAAAUACUCGACUUUCUUAUCCCUUGGAAAAGUUUCAUUCAGACGUCUCAGGGAGAAGUUUUCACAAUGGACGUUUCAUACAGAGGAUGCGACAGAAAUCUGCAUCGCUUCCAAAUGUACGAUUGGGGCAAGGAACUGUUACUUCUCUGCUAGAAGCAGAUGGGAUAAUUAGAGGUGUGCAGUACAAAACUAAAAGUGGGGAAGAACUUAAAGCAUACGCUCCUCUGACCAUUGUUUGUGAUGGCUGUUUCUCAAACUUGCGACGCUCCCUCUGCAAACCAAAGGUUGAUGUACCUUCUUGUUUUGUUGGUUUGAUUCUCGAGAAUUGCAACCUUCCACAUGCAAAUCAUGGACAUGUUAUCCUUGGAGAUCCUUCCCCUAUUUUGUGUUAUCCUAUCAGUAGUACUGAGGUUCGCUGUCUAGUUGAUGUACCUGGUCAGAAGGUUCCCUCAAUCUCAAACGGCGAAAUGGCAAAGUAUUUGAAGACCAUGGUGGCUCCACAGCUUCCUCCUGAAGUCCAAGAUUCCUUUGUGGCUGCUGUUGAUAAGGGAAACCUUAGAACAAUGCCAAACCGAAGCAUGCCAGCUUCUCCCUAUCAUACUCCUGGAGCUUUGUUGAUGGGGGAUGCAUUCAACAUGCGCCACCCUCUAACAGGGGGAGGAAUGACUGUGGCACUCGCUGAUAUUGUCGUGCUGCGGAAUCUUCUGAGACCUUUGCAUGACUUGAAUGACGCACCUACCCUUUGCAAAUAUCUUGAAUCUUUCUACACACUGCGUAAGCCCGUGGCAUCCACAAUCAACACACUGGCAGGUGCUUUAUACAAGGUGUUUUGUGCCUCACCUGAUCAAGCAAGAAAGGAAAUGCGUGAGGCUUGCUUUGAUUAUCUGAGUCUUGGAGGGGUUUUCGCAGCAGGACCUGUCUCUUUGCUGUCGGGUUUAAACCCACGCCCCUUAAGUUUAGUUUGCCACUUCUUUGCUGUUGCUGUAUUCGGUGUUGGACGUUUAUUAUUGCCAUUCCCUUCACCUAAACGAAUCUGGAUCGGAGCUAGAGUGAUCACGAGUGCAUCAGGAAUCAUCUUCCCCAUCAUUAAGGCUGAAGGAGUAAGGCAAAUGUUCUUUCCGGCAACGGUUCCAGCAUACUAUCGAGCUCCUCCCACCAAGUGAGAUCCAAGUAUUAAGGCAACUGUUAAUCCUAGUCCCUAGUUAUUAUCAUCUACGUUCCCACCCUUAAAGUGAAGGGCAAGGUUGAAUGUUUCAUCAAGAAGGGUGUCCCUUAUCGCAUCUAAGGGUUCUAGGAGACUAGGAUGUCGAUAUUCUUUCAUUAUCAGAUCAACUAGAUAUAACCUUUUCUGUCUCUGUAAACAAAGCGGCAUGCAUCUUUGUCAUCAAUUUGCUGGCUGGUGAAUGUUCAUCUCAGCUUGUUAGGACCAAAAGAAAUAAAAUGUGCCCAAUAUUGUAUCUAACAUGAAUGACCAAUUAUGGGAUGUCUUACAUUUGAAAGAAAAUGGUCAAAAGAUCUGAGAAAUAUUGGACUUUA